AUGUUGUGGAGAAGGGAGUAUGACAUUCUUGAGAACUUUACAGCCAGGUAUUGCUGGGGUAAGUUGGGAAGGUGCAGAACAAAGUGUGAACAGAACGAAGUAUCCCAUAUAUUAUGCCCAUAUUAUGAAGCUAAGUGUUGUGUAAACCCCAAGUAUGUACCUGUCCAAACUUGA